CAUGACUGAAGCACAUCUCAGCCUUUUCCCACUUUUGCAUCUGAGUUUUGGAGACAAUGCUUCGUUUGCGAGCAGUAUUCUGUUGUCUUACUUCAAUAUUGUCAGUGUGCGAAGGCUACACGCUGAUCGGGAUAACCGGUGGGUCGAUUACUCUGCCCUGCCGCUACGACGUCAAAGCUAACGGACUCACAACGAUGUGCUGGGGAAGGGACGCAGUGCCGGCAUCUAAAUGCAGCAAGACAAUCGUUUCAACCGACGGAGAAAAGGUGACCGUCAAAGAAUCGCGCAGAUACCGGUUACAGAGCGGAGUAGAGAAGGGAGACGUGUCACUGACCAUCGUAAACUUAACGGAGGAAGACUCCGGAAUCUACGGAUGCAGGGUGCAGAUUUCUGGCUGGUUUAACGACCUGAAGCUAAACUUCCAUUUGGUUGUUGUAAAAGAUGCCCAGACAACACGGGCGCGGACAACUCUACCUGCUGAAACUGAUAAGUUGGAUGUCCCGUUCCUGGUCACGGUCCAAGACGAGGCUACAACACAAACAUUUGUCAGCAUGGAGGACUUCUUUUUUCCGGACAUAACGGAAGAUGAAACUGACCUGCCCACCACUGAAACCAUCAAGACGGACUCCUCUAACACCACAGACAAUCUUACCUACACCAGCACAGACGAUCUUCCCGACACCGGAGUCGAGAAGAUUUCUCACAAAUUCAACGGAAAUAUCAUAAGGCUAGGACUGGUCAUCUUCAUCCCAGGGCUGAUUGUCAUGGUAAUUCUUGACCUCAGGUCCCUUCAGCAGAAGAAUCGCAGGAGAAGUGCGCAGUCGGAUGACAGCGCCCCCGCUGUCCAGGUCAGGAACUGACGCACCCGUGGGUGUAGCAGGGCCGCCUCAGCUUCAGCAGAAAGCAGAGAUGGGAACCAACCCCCCAAAAACACAAAUAAUAUAAUACCCUAACCCCCCAAGAACACAAAUAAUAUAAUACCCUAACCACCCAAGAACACAAAUAAUAUAAUACCCUAACCCCCCUAAAACACAAAUAAUAUAAUACCCUAACCCCCCCAAAACACAAAUAAUAUAAUACCCUAACCCCCCCCAAGAACACAAAUAAUAUAAUACCCUAACCCCCCAAGAACACAAAUAAUAUA